GCAGCUGCCGCGGCUGCCGCCUCCGCCACCUGCGGGGAGCCAGGUCUUCGCCCCGGGUCCAGUCAGCGUUUCUCCUCCGUCUCUUCAGUUAACACGCCCAUGGUCCCGCCUGGAGCCAGGGCGGCGGGCCCCGGAGCUCGCGCGCGGUGAGGGAGCCGCCCGCGGACCAUGCAGCCGACGCUCUGCAGCUGCUGCCUCAGCCGCGCCCUGGCCUCGGCGCUCCUGCUGUCGCUGCUGCUGCCCGAGUUGAGCGGGCCCUCAGCGGGACGGCCGCCAGCAGCGCGGGCCGCGCCCGACCCCCGGCCCGCGGCGCCGCGCACCCGGCCCCCUCCGCCGCCCGAGCCCUCCGCCGCCCGUCCCGCGGGCCGCGCUCCGGCCUUGGAAGCCGCGGGCGCACGGAGCGCCGAGGGCGGCAAUGGCAGCACGCCCGGGGCGGGGCCGGCCGCCGACAACCCCGGCGGGAAGGCGGGGGCCGGGGGCCCGGCGGGCGGCGUCUUGGCCGUGAGCCCCGACCCCGGCGACAAGCCCAUGACCCAGCGGGCCCUGACCGUGCUGAUGGUGGUGAGCGGCGCGGUGCUGGUGUACUUCGUCGUCAGGACGGUCAGGAUGAGAAGAAGAAACCGAAAGACUAGGAGAUACGGGGUUUUGGACACUAACAUAGAAAACAUGGAACUGACACCUUUAGAGCAAGAUGAUGAGGAGGAUGACAACACAUUGUUUGAUGCCAAUCAUCCUCGAAGGUAA